ACCAUUUUAUUUUGGUUAAAUAAAGUACAUAUAUUUCCUCUUUUUUUCCGUCGUGUGUGCGAACGAAUCGAAGUGCUAAAAUUUAAUUGAGAGGGCUAAACAAAAAGCGUUUCGCGUGCAGUUUCGAAUCAACUCCCAUUUUCCCCUCAGUUUAAAGCAUAAAACAAGAAAGGAGAAGAAAAAAAAACAGACGACAAAUUUCCAACGAGAUUUCAAUUUUUUUCUACACACCAACAAAAAAUUUUGUAAAGAGAGAGAGAAAAAAAUACGCCAACCUUGAGAAAACACCCAGCAAAGCAAUUUCAACAGUUUCACUCGAUCUCCCUUUCGCCCAUUAAAUAUAAUUAUAUAUUAUAAUUGAGUUCAGUUGAGUAACGAAGUGUGGAGAGAGAGGAGCAGGCUUCCAUCAUGGACAAGAUGCGGAUAAUUAAGGACAACCGCUCCGAAAUAAUAGUCGGUGGCAAAUAUCGUGUGAUACGCAAGAUUGGCAGUGGCUCCUUUGGCGAUAUAUAUCUGGGCAUGAGCAUUCAAAGCGGUGAGGAGGUGGCCAUCAAGAUGGAGAGCGCCAAUGCUCGCCAUCCUCAAUUGCUGUACGAGGCGAAAUUAUAUCGUAUUCUGAGUGGUGGAGUUGGCUUUCCACGCAUCCGUCACCAUGGAAAAGAGAAAAACUUUAAUACUUUAGUUAUGGAUCUACUUGGACCAUCGCUAGAGGAUCUAUUUAAUUUCUGUACGCGCCACUUUACCAUCAAGACGGUGCUAAUGUUGGUGGAUCAGAUGAUCGGCCGUUUGGAGUAUAUACAUCUCAAGUGCUUUAUUCAUCGUGACAUUAAGCCCGAUAACUUUUUAAUGGGCAUCGGUCGUCAUUGUAAUAAGCUCUUCCUAAUCGAUUUCGGUUUGGCCAAGAAAUUCCGGGACCCUCAUACACGACUACACAUCCUGUAUCGCGAGGAUAAAAAUCUAACUGGCACCGCUCGAUAUGCCUCGAUUAAUGCCCAUUUGGGUAUCGAACAAUCACGUCGUGAUGAUAUGGAAUCACUGGGCUAUGUGAUGAUGUACUUCAAUCGUGGUGUUUUGCCCUGGCAGGGCAUGAAGGCUAACACCAAGCAGCAGAAAUAUGAGAAAAUCUCGGAAAAGAAAAUGUCCACACCCAUCGAGGUGCUGUGCAAGGGAUCGCCGGCCGAAUUCUCCAUGUACUUGAACUAUUGUCGUAGUUUGCGUUUUGAAGAGCAGCCAGAUUACAUGUACCUACGUCAAUUGUUCCGCAUUCUAUUUAGGACGCUGAAUCAUCAAUAUGAUUACAUCUACGAUUGGACAAUGCUGAAGCAGAAGACCCAUCAGGGUCAGGCGAAUCCAGCUAUACUAUUGGAACAAUUGGACAAGGAGAAGGAGAAACAAAAUGGCAAACCCUUGAUCACGGACUAAACGGCAGGAGGUGCAUAGAUGAGAAAGAGAGAGAGAAUCAUCAAAAAUCUGUGUGGGAUUGGAGAUGUGAUGAAACAUGCAAGCAGAAAAUACUACAUACACAAUACAUAGAAAUCGGGGGAACAUGAAAAAAACACACACACAUUCAUACAUAUAAACACACACACACACACAAACCAGCAUAAACGUAGAAAGAGAGGACAUAUAUAUUAAAUGAUGAUAAAGGUAAAGGAACCGGAAACUAAACAAAACAAAAGGAAACACAGCAAAAGCGUUAGGCAGUCGUCGUGUAAAGUGAAUGAAAAAAAAACAAAAAAAUGGGAGAUAGAAUGUUUCUUAAUAUUAAUUUAAAUUCAAUGCUAAACAAAUAAGGAGUAAACCACAACUACAAAAGAGGAAGAAAAAAGGAAACAAUAUGCAAAAACCCAGAGGGCGGGAUUCAGCCGUAAAAUAACCACAUAACAAAAUAAAAAGAUGAAAUAAAAAGAGAAGAAAAAUAAAGGUGAAAUUUCCAAUUGGGGUUUCAGCCUACACAUCUUCACUCACACAUAUGCAAAGCCACACACACACAUA